CUGGCACUGCCCCUCUGGGACAGACCCAGCUCGCAAGGAGAACCGGCUGGUUGGGCAAAUCCUGCUCGCAGGGGUCAAGCGUGGGUUCCCUCCGCCCCCGGCGAACGGGCUUUCCUUCGGGGAGCGGAUGCCGCGUGUGUGCAGCCCUGCCCUGCGACCCACACCCGCCUCAUUCGGACGGCCAUCGCCACCUACAGUCACUGUUAGUUCGUACCGCAAAACUUAAACAAAAAAGCAGCGGGCAGCACCGCUUCCAUUCGACAUCACGGGGCACUGCGGGGCUCGGCACCUCCGGCUUCUAUGGGCUCUAUCCCGCUGUCGCACAGGGGAGCAGCACCCGGGGGCACCUCACUGACCCUUUCAGGGAAAGCCUGUCCGGACGCAGGGCAGGGCGUAAGAGACAAACAAAGCCCUGGGGGCCGCGUCCCGGCGGGCCCUGCCCCGCUGUCCCCGGGCGGGGCGCGCUGAGGGCGGGCCGAGGGCGGGCCGAGGGCGGGGUGGGCGGGGCGGCUGCGCGUGCGCAGUGCGGCGGCGGCCGGAUGGAGGCGGCGCGCGCGGGGCGCACGGCGGGGCUGGCGCGCGAUGUUCUGGAGCGCGCGCGGCGGCGCGCGGUGGGCGCGCCCCCGGCCAGCGCCGUGCGCGCCCCCGCGGACACACACACAGAUCCCGACAGAGACCGAGAGACAGACAGAGAUGCACAGAAAUCCAUCUCCGCACGGGCCCCGGGCCCGCCCCGACACUCCGCCGCGCCGAAAUACCCGCCCCGCCAGGACCAAGACCGGGAACCAUUCAGUGCAGCGUUCGCUUCGAUUGAGAAGCUGAUGAGAGGAGUCUCAAAGGAAUGCGAGAAGUACUAUGGUGCUAUGGCAGCCAACAAGUGUGAAGAGAAUGAAAUUCAACACUUCUGCAAAUACCAUGGCAAGUCAGUAGACAGAAAGACAGAUUCCACAGAAGAAAAGAGGACUGAAGGUUCCAUAAAAUGCAGCAAAGCUCAAACUUGCCAGGAAAGUCCCAGAAGACCUUCCAAAGACUUCUACAUUGAAGUUUCUCCUGGCAUCUAUUCUAUCACAGCAAUUUCAGAAGACAUGGUGGAACAAACCCACGUAGUAGAUGUCAAUGCAGGACAAAGUAUUGAUGUAACUUUUGUUCUGUAAUAUUUAUUGUUUCCUGGCAAUAGCAGAAAUAAAACAUGACUCUCUUUUUAAUGCAUGUAAUGAACUAUAAAUAUCUUUUUCUUGUUAGCACUUUAAUAGUAGCUUCCUCUUUGGGACUCCAUUUUUAUGGCCUGUAUAUUUGUUUUCUACUUAAUGCAAUUAUGUGCAGCCACUUUGUACAUUGAUUUUUAUAGAUAUUUGUACAUUGUGUGCCUUUUAAAUCCAAUUAUGUGACUGUGUGAUUCCAGAUUCUUCUGCUCUAAACAAUUAAAGAUACAAUCAGUGGAAUAAAAUACAUGAUCAAGA